AUGUGUGGUGUUGAUGAUCUUUUAAAAAAUCGAAAUCAAAAUGUUCCAGAUGAUGUAGAUUUUAAUAUUUUAAUUGAAUUCAGGAUUUCAAAAUCAUUAAAAAAUAAGUUCCUAUAUUAUAAUGAUGAUGAUGACGAUGAAGAGAAUUAUCAUGAUUAUUCAUAUUAUCAUUAUAAUAAUUAUAAUUCUGAAGAAAAAGUAGAUGAAAACAAUACAGGUAAUGAUAAAACUACUGAAAGUGGACCAGAAGUCAGGGAUCAAUUGCAACAGCAGCAAUUGAGACAGCAACCAAAAUAUCGGAACCAACAAAACGCUCCUUAUAUUAAGGUUAGACCUAGAGCCAAAGGCAUUGGUAAUGAUAGUGGCGUUGGCAAUGUUGUUAGUGUUGGUGACAGUAGUGGGCGUAGAGGUAUAAAUGGUGGUAGAUCCAGCGGUAGAGGUACAAAUAGUGGUAAAUCCAGUGUUAGGACUAGAAAUGGGGGACAUUCUAACAAGCCAUUGGUUAAUCCUUUUACUACCAUAGAUAUUGAAUCUUCUCAAAAAACAAUUGAAAAAUCGUCAAAGUCUAUGAAUUAUACGGAUGUUAUUACAUUAAUAAUGUUAUUAUAUCUUUAUUCAGAGAAUCCUUAUCAAUUUAAUUUGUUGACAAAAGAAUUAAUUCGUUAUUCUAUUGUGAUGAACGUUAAAGAUUUAAUUUUAGGUGACAGACUUCUUAAUUAG